AUGGCUCGACGUAAACGUAAAUCUCGACGAGCUAAGAAAAAAAGUGAAGCUGAUGAGGUUCAAGAAGAAGAAUUUGUUCUUAGUGAGCCAAUUCAGCGGAUCUUGAGGGUGUUUAUGUGCAUAGCGCAAGUUGUAUCUUAUUGUGUGACAUUUAGUAUUGUGAUCAUUGUAGUAGGGUCAGUAUGUUUUGCAGUCUUUUUCUUUGCUUACAUUUAUUACAUGAAUAUGUUUUGA